UUGUGCGUUAAUAUCCAUUUUUUUUGUCACGUGAUACCUGUUACAUUACUCAACGGUACUCAGUCUGGACCAAUAACAGUGAUCUGCGAUUACAAGAUCAAGAUUCAUUGAUUUUGCAGAGAUGCGCGCUUAUUAUUUCGUGUUUAUCUCGUAUUAUUCACUGGAAUCGAUAAACUUAAAAAAAUAAAUAAAUUGUUUUUCACUGAGACACAAAAAAGUCCAGAAAUUUCAAUGUAGCUGAAUGAAGUAUUUGGUUUAAUGAGCCACCAAGCGCCCCCUGGAGGGAAAAAAACACAAAACAUUUAUGUUAGUGACAAACGAAUAUUAGAAAGAAGCAUUUACAGACCGGUGCAAAACUAACACGGAAGUCUGGGAAAAUAUUGACAAGUGAACGUGGAAGCGAUUUCGACGCAGACUCCGUUCGUUUUCCUCUGAUUAUAGUUUUUCAGGUAUGAAAUAUGGAGCGUAAGCUGGCUGAGUUCAGAGCCCGAAAGAAAGCCCAAGCUGAAGCUCAGAAACCUGCUGAGAGUGUGAUCCAGACUGAAACUAAAGCCAUGAGCCUUGAUUCUCCAGCAGUGAGUCCUGACACACCGGAACAGAAGCCCACCAGCUGCCUUCAGAUUCCACACACACAGGAUCCCAGUCAUCGUUUGCUGAACCCUACGUGUGGUGGUUGGCUCCAGCGCGUGGCUCUCACCCAUCUGACCCUGCUCAAAGUGCUGCUGUGGCUCGUGCUGCUCGGGCUCUUCUCAGAACUCGAGUUUGGCCUGCCGUUUUUUCUCAUAUCAUUAUUCUACUGGCUCUAUGAGGGCCUUCGAAGCCCAAGAGCCCGGCAACCUGGAGAAAUGAGCGCGUAUUCUGUGUUUAACCCUGAUUGUCAACCCAUCCUGGGAACGUUAACAGCCGAACAGCUGGAAGGAGAGAUGGGAUACAGGCCAGUGGUCAACAGAUGAACGUGUUUGAAAGAAAGCAGACGUUGCUUUCAUAGACAACUAUCUGGAAAUAAAGGAAAACACUAAACCGUCUAAAUGUGGAGAUGUAAAUUGCACUUUGGAAACUUGUUUGCAUUAUAUUAAUGUACCCUAUAAUCAUCUUAAAUGAUUUAUUGUGUUUACAUUAAUAAAAUGCUUUAUUUUAUUCAUCUAUACACAAA